AAGAAGGUCAUGCUAACAUUGAAGAAAUGGGACAACAAUAAGAAACUGAAGCAAAAUGAUCACUUCACAGUUGUAAUGGCACCGGCGCCAGAAAAAUGCAGCAAUCCAAUGAAAACAUGGAAAUCGUGGAAGGAGAGUAAGAAAUCUGAGGCGAGUAUCGGCGCAACUCGGCGGCAGGUCAGAAUUGCCGCCAAAGGUGCGGCGAAAGAAGCGAAGCCGUCAAAGGAGCCAAAAGUACGCGCAGGAAAGCGUGAAAGCCCCAAGGAAAAGCCGGCCGAAGGAAAAGAGGAAGAAAAGCCUGAGAAGAAGGAAGAGGCGCCAAAGAAAGGAAAAGCGAAGCCGAAGAAGAGAGAGGAGGAAGAGGAGGGUGGGGAGGAGGAACCGAAACCGAAGAAGAAAGCCAAAGCGGAGGAAAAAGAGGAGGAGGAGGAACCAAAGCCGAAGAAGAAAGCUAAAGUUGAGGAGAAGGAAGAGGAGGAGGAAGAACCAAAGCCAAAGAAGAAAGCCAAAGUGGAGGAGAAGGAGGAGGAGGAGGAAAAAGCAAAGCCAAAGAAAGCCAAAGCGGAGGAGAAAGAGGAGGAGGAAGAGGAGGAGGAGGAAGAGGAAGAGGAGGAAGAGAAGCCAAAGAAGGAUGCCAAACUGAAAAAGGAGGAAAAACCAGCGAAAAAAGCAAAGGCCAAAGAGGAGGAGGAGGAGGAGGAGGGAGAGGAAGAAGAGGGAGGGAAAGGCGGGGGUGAAAAACAGAAAAAAGUAAAGAAGGAGGGUGAGGACGAGAAAGGCAAAAAGAAGAACGGUGACGAGGACGAAAACGAAGAAGAAUAA